UUAGUCAAACGGGCUCAUUGGAUACGUUGACAUCGUGACGUCGGACAAAGAAAGCAGCUAUGACGUAAAUUGUCUGUGUGGAUAUAUUCAAUACAUAGUGUCAUCGGUUAUAGUGUAUGAAUAUUUAUUGUUUUAUAGUAAAACAACAAUAAUAAAAACUCUCAAUAAAUCUCAAUUAAGGAUAAGAGAAAAGAAAAACAACAAAGUGAAUAUUUAGUAAAUGUACGUAAGAAAUAUAAAAAGUGAAAAAAAUUAAAUUUCACAAAGAGUUGGAAGCUGUGAAAGAAGUGAUUCUUGUAUUUUGGUUUGGUGUUAUUAUUAAAUCGGUUGUGUGAGUGUAUUUAAUUUUUUUGGACCGUGUGGGUGGAUGCGUCUGAGCAAGUGUGUGUCUGCAAGUGUAUAUACAUUUAUAAGUAAAUCUGUGCCUUUGAUUUAGUUAAACACUGUAACCACAGAUGCUGUUGACACGUAUCAAGGCCGACGUGAGUGGUACUCUGGCAAAUGUGGUGCGCGCGGGUUCGUGACGACUUGACACUAUUUUUAAAUUGCACACACGAUAAAAGGAAGACACUACAUACUCUUAUUCCAUGCAUCAACGACCCGCUGUUGUCUUUGCAAUUUUUUGGUGUAAUGAAAUUGUAACAUUUUGCUUGUGUAUUUGUUGUUGCAAACUUUUCAUAUUUUCUGCGAUCACUAAUGUUGAAAUUUUAUAAACGACAUUAUUCAUGCAACCUUCCCCCUCCGUAAACCAUUAACGUGAAUGAGUGGUUGUAUAAACGUGUAGCUUGCAUAUGCGAAACAUACUAAAUAUUUGCGAGAUAAAAGCAUUAUAAAACAUCGUUUAACAUUUUCGAGUACUUAGUAAAAGAAAUAUUAUGAAGAUGUAACACAUUUAAACGCUUUUCUACUAUUAGUUCUCACAGAAAAAACUUUUAUGGAAUUCUGAGUAUGCGAAGUUUGUACUAAAAACUUGUAACCCUACACAUUUCUAAGCGUAAAAUUGCAACACAUAUGGAUUAUAUAGUACUUCAUCUUGUACAAAUCAACUCAAAAAAAAAAAAAUAUAUAUAUAUAUAUGUAAAUUUCAUUUAAAAUAUUUGAAAAAAGAAAAAAUAAACGAAAGAAAACACAGUAUUUAUAAAAAGAAAAGGAAGUUUCAAGUGCAAAUAUUAUAACAGUGUGCAUAAAAAAUGUAAAUAUUUCAAUUGAUAUUUAAAUAUUUCGAGUAUACUUAACGAAUCAUAAAGUGUUUAUAUCCAAAGAGAACAAAAGAAACGAAAAAAAUGAAAAGUAAAUGAAUGCAAAAGAAAAACAUAAGUUUGUAAAUGUGCGAAAAAGUUGUUCUCAAAGAUAAAUAAGUGAAAAAUUCUUUUUUAAUAGGUUUGUCAUCGUCUUUUCGAAUAGUGUAUAAAGCACCUAAACACGCACAGACAAACGCACCAAAACUGGGCACGUGACACCGGAAAGUGUGCUAAAAUAAAGUGAUUUACAUAUAUUACCAACAAAUGUUUGUCUUGUCUUUGGGUGCGUAAUUAAUACUCUCGAAUGAAAUUUGUGCAGAAAAAUAAAUUUGCUGAUAAAGCUUAAAUCAAAUAUCUAUCUAAAAAUUAUUUGCCGGAAAAGUAAAAAUAUAUUGAUACAAAAAGGUUUUGGAAAAGGGAAUAAACUUAAAUGCAAAACGUAUGCAAUGUAAAAUUGUUUUAUAAAUAUUAUUACAAUUAAAAAAAUAAAUGCAGUACAAAAAAAAGAAACAUUUACACAACAACAACAGAAACUGUAUAAUGUGAAUGAGAAAUGAAAUAAUAAUGUAUACAGGAGAAAAUAGAAUAAAAACAACAACAAUUCCCACUACAACAACAACAAUAUUAACGGUUGCAAAAAGUUGCAACUAAAAUAAAAGCUACAAAAAUUAAAAAGCAUAAAAAAUAAAUAAAAGCUACUUCAACAACAAUAACUACAACAAAAACAGCAACAAACUCAAAAGUACACAAUAACAACUGCAACUACUACUACCAAAAGAAAUCAAAACAAUAAACAACAACAGAAUAUCAGCAACAACAAAAAACAUCACAACGUCAACAUCAGCAGCAUCAUUGUGAAAGAGAAAAGUAAAACCAACGACAACAAUAGUACGAACAGUUUACAGUAUAUUUUGGUGUUGCUGUUAAUGUUGUUGGUUUCGUCUACGAAAACAACAAUAACAACAAGAAUUGCGAGUGCAAUAUGGCGACAAAGUAUCAUCCCGGAAAGACAGUCCAACACUUGCUGCAUCACAACUGGCAUCAUAUGCUCUCCGUUUGGCUAACAUUUUGGAUAUUUUUUAUUUGCACACUGAAUCCUGUCUUACCAGAAGUUAUUUACCGUGUGGAUCCUUUGGCUUUAUUGGCAGCUACACUUAGAACUUAUCAACGGGCUGGCUGUGAUUCAGAACAACUGUCGCUAAGUUGUCCACGCGGUACUAGUAUCUCAAUUGAAUUGGCACAGUAUGGCCGAGCCGGAGAUCUGACCGACCACAGUCUUUGUCCGCCAAUAUCCCCAGAAGAUUUAACCACUACAGGCAGCAGUAGCAGCGGUGGCAUCAGCAGUUCUAAUACUGAUGGCAGUAGUGUUGGUAUUAUUGGUAGCAGUGGCAGUACCGAUGUCAUACAUAGUGGAACACAAAUCGAAGUUAAGCCUCCGGAACUGUGUACUGUAAGCGGAUUACAGGUAAGCAACAUAAUUGAAAAUACCAUCAUGUGAAACUUGUUUCACAAA